ACGAAGUGAAUCGAAACGAAAAAAAGUGAAUGUUGUCGCGCUAACUGUGCUCACAAGCCUCCCAAAUCUCGAAUUGGUCGGGUGUCCUCAGCAGUAGCUCCGCAGCAACUGAAGAAACAGAAGCAGAAAGCAAAAGUCCCGCAAGCCGAAGACCCCUAAAGACCAGCCCAGCCAGCGACUAACCUGCAGAUCACAUAACUGUAAAGUGGACAAACGAGCAGUGCACGGACAAACAUGGCAUUCCGCGUGGCCGGACUCUUCCUGAAGAAGGAGCUAGUGACUCCCGCGGUGCAGCAGCUGCGGCUGCUGCGCACCGCCAACACGGCCCGCUCCCAGUUCCUGGCCAACUCGCCCAACACCGCGCUGGACAAGAGCAUCCUGCAGCGGUACCGCAACCUGGAGACGCCAGCCAACCGCGUGCAGGCCACCUACCUCUGGAUUGACGGCACCGGCGAGAACAUCCGCCUGAAGGACCGCGUGCUGGACAAGGUGCCCAGCUCCGUGGAGGACCUGCCCGACUGGCAGUACGACGGCAGCUCCACCUACCAGGCCCAAGGCGAGAACUCGGACACCACGCUCAAGCCGCGCGCCAUUUACCGCGACCCCUUCAAGCCGGGCAAGAACGACGUGAUCGUCCUGUGCGACACCUACAGCGCCAACGGAAAGCCCACGGCCUCCAAUAAGCGGGCCGCCUUCCAGGCGGGAGUCGACAGGAUCGGCGACCAGGAGCCCUGGUUCGGCAUCGAGCAGGAGUACACGCUGCUCGACGUGGAUGGUCGUCCGUUCGGCUGGCCGGAGAACGGCUUCCCGGCCCCGCAAGGACCCUACUACUGCGGCGUGGGCGCCGACCGCGUCUACGCCCGCGACCUCGUGGAGGCCCAUGCCGUGGCCUGCCUGUACGCGGGAAUCGACUUCGCCGGCACCAACGCCGAGGUGAUGCCCGCCCAGUGGGAGUACCAGGUGGGGCCGAGCAGCGGCCUGAAGGCGAGCGACGACCUGUGGGUCUCGCGAUAUAUCCUGCAGCGCAUCGCCGAGGAGUACGGCGUGGUGGUGACCUUCGACCCCAAGCCGAUGGAGGGCCAGUGGAACGGGGCCGGCGCCCAUACCAACUUCUCCACGAAGGCGAUGCGCGCCGAGGGCGGCAUCAAGGCCAUCGAGGAGGCCAUCGAGAAGCUGAGCCGGCACCACGAGCGCCACAUCAAGGCCUACGACCCCAAGGAGGGCAAGGACAACGAGCGGCGCCUGGUGGGCCGCCUGGAGACCUCCAGCAUCGACAAGUUCUCGUGGGGCGUGGCCAACCGGGCCGUCAGUGUGCGGGUGCCGCGGGGCGUGGCGACGGCCGGCAAGGGAUACUUCGAGGAUCGGCGGCCGAGCUCCAACUGCGACCCCUACGCGGUGUGUGGGGCCAUCGUGCGCACCUGCCUGCUGAACGAGUAAAGUGUGGAGUGGGAGAGUUAUAUCCUCUGUAUAUAGUGUAUUACGGAACUCUAGAGCGAUCCGAUCAUUUGGACUAUUUCAAGUCGCGUGGAGCAACACUUUGUUAGCUUGUGCAAAAAGACAGGAGUGAGGAGGAGGCGCGAGGAGCGUGCGAUUAGCAUUUAAGAAUGUGGGUGGGUGGCAAGAACCGAACAGAAAGGAAUAUUCUGCCAUACAAAUUUUACAAAUUAUGUAUACCUAAUCGUUGAGUUAAUCUAAAUAAUAAAUAACAUGUACCCUACGUUAACGCGCUACCUUAGAGGAAAUCGAAAGUAAUUCGCCUUUGACUAGAUUUUGGCCCGUAGGAUUUCCGAGAUCAAAAAAGAAAAGAAUAUCACUGAAAUUUGUUGAUAUAUUACUCAUUCAUAUCCACACGCACGUACAUAUGAACGGCAAAUUGUUUGUAGAACUAAUUGUUGAGUAAAAUUUUAAAGAAAAACAUAUAUAUCUCUAUAUGUAAGAACCGUCGUUGAAUCUUUCGCAUCUCACUGUUCGCGAGCAUUUUACAAAUUUCUAUAUGUACUUAUAUUAUAUUAUAAAUGUCUCCUAGUACAAGCACCCUGAAAAUUAAGAAUUCCAAUGCGAUUCAAAUAAACAUUUCAAGUAAAGGCAAAGUUGUAAACAAAACACA